CGCAGGCCAUGGUACUGAGUCGUCACCUGUGAGAACCCUCCCGCCCACGCCCACAGCCGCCCCGCAGACAGCGUGAUGGCUGGCGGGUAGAAGCGCCCCACCCACUCUCCCUUAUCUCAACCCCCUCACCCCUCUCACCUCUACACCCCAGCCACCUCCAAACCCCACCACCUCACCUCGCCUCCCUCCAGUAAGGCCGACUCUAACCACCUUCCCCACCACCACAACCUCUCCAUCUUCCUUCCCCUCCGCUCCUACCCUCACACCGCGCACCUCCGCCUCCACCAUGGCCUCCGGCAGGACCCCCGCCCUGGAGCAGGGUGACGCGUACCACCGCUCGGGUCUCUACAGCCACCACCAGCACCACCACCACCUUCCCCAGCACCUCCACCACCACCACCACCACCAGCACCUCGAGUUGGCGCCCAGACUCAGCACCAACAGCACCGCCUCCUGCACCACCAGCGCCAGCGUGCCCGGGUCAGCCAACCGGGCGACACGCAACAACAGCACCUGCAGCACCACCAGCAACAGCGUCGGAGGUGCUGGCUGCGGCCGGACGCGUCACAGCAGCUGCAACAGUCUCCGCGGCGGCUCCAGCGUCACGCGGAACAACAGCACCGCCAGCAACAGCAGCAGCACCCACAGCCUGUCCGGGGUGGGCGCGCUGGCCGAGACGGAGGCCCUGGCGGAGGCACUGGCGGAGGAGGAACCCAUGGAGAGUGAGCAGUCCCUAAUGGAAGCCUCCACCGCCACCACCUCCACUGUAGACUCCACGGCCGAGCUGAUGCACAGUCCUCAUGCUAUUGGCCUGAGCACCGCGUCCGCCACCACCACCACCACCACGGCCCUCCACGCGCCCCCAACCGCCCCCAGCCCUUCCUCCCCAUCCACCCCCUCGACUCCUGCCCCACCGGUGGACUCCAACGACUGUGGGCUCUUUUCCUUCAGACCAGCUUUCCUGCAGAGGCUAGCCAACAUCAAGAUCUUCGUCUUUCUCCUGUCGGUGCUGGUGACGGUGCAGCAGGCACUUGCGUCAGGGUACCUCAACUCCGUCAUCACCACCAUUGAGAAGCGUUAUGAGAUCCCUUCCUCCCUCACUGGCGUCAUCUCCUCCAUGUAUGAGAUUGGCAACGUCAUCACUGUGAUCUUCGUCUCCUACCUAGGCUCCAAGAGGCGGAUACCUGUGUGGAUAGGAGUGGGCUGCUGUGUGAUGGGCAUCGGAUCCAUGUUGUUUGUGAUGCCACAGCUCAUCUCUGAUCGCUGGUCUAUCGAGCUGGAAACCAUCAACAACACAGACUCCAGCACCAACAUUUGCCGCAAUGCUCGAGUGCGGGAUGACACCUCGGAGCGGCUCACAGAGUACGGCUUUGGAACACUUCCUGACCUCUCCAAAGGCGUGCCCCUCGGCUCGCACAACAGCAUCCAGUAUGGGAAGCCAGACAACUGCAUCAAAGGUUCCCGCAGCAACGUGAUGCCGGUCAUGUUCUUCAUGGUGGCUCAGCUGCUGCUCGGGGCUGGCGGCUCCCCUCUCUUUACCCUUGGAACCACCUACAUUGAUGACCAUGUAAAGAGAGAGAGCUCCUCCAUGUAUAUAGGUAUUAUUUACACCAUGGUUGCCUUUGGACCUGUGCUGGGCUUCCUGUUGGGAGCAUACCUCAUCUCGUACUAUGUGGAUGCCCUUUUUGUAGACACAUCAAUAAUGCAAGCAAAUCACAAACAUCCGCGUUGGAUUGGGAUGUGGUGGGGCGGCUUCCUCCUGUGUGGCCUCCUGCUCAUCUUCAUUUCCAUUCCCUUUUUCAUGUUUCCAAAGACUUUGAAGAAAGAAAAGGAAAAGAUGAGAAUGGAAGAGAAAACAAAGGAGUUCCACAAGGGUCACCGCCGCACCAAGUCUCAGACCUCCACCUGCUCCCGCCACUCCACACUCUCCACCAAGCGGGUCUACGGCAAGGACGUGCGAGACAUUCCACUCUCAAUGCUGAAACUGCUGGUGAACCCCAUCUAUGUCAUGACCUGUCUUGGGGCAUGCAUGGAGCUCAUGAUUGUCUCUGGCUUCAUUGUGUUCCUGCCUAAGUACCUCGAGACUCAGUUCUUCCUCUCAAACGUCCAGGCAUCCAUCUUCACCGGUGGCAUAGCCAUUCCUGGUGCUUGUAUUGGUAUCUUCCUUGGGGGUUACCUGCUGAAGCGCUUCAGCUUACGGCCCAAAGGCGCCAUUCAGAUGGUGAUGGUCUUCAACCUUAUUGGGCUGAGUUUUUAUGGACUUCUCUUUGUGCUCGGCUGUGACAAUGUGAAGAUGGCUGGCACCACUUCACCAUACUUCAAUACGUCAAUGGCCCACUCUGUGUCCAAUGGUGCUGGUCGGUUGGAUGGCGGCGGCUCCUUCCAAGUGAACCUAACAGCUUGGUGCAACACAGGCUGCUCUUGCUCUUCAUCCUUAGUGGAGCCUGUCUGCGGCAACAAUGGACUCACUUAUUUUUCCCCCUGCCAUGCCGGGUGCUCUUCAUACUCCCCACAGCACAAAUUUUCAAACUGCACCUGCAUACUUGGAGAAGGAAAUCAGUCUUCCCCAUUUCACACAACCUCAACUUCCCCGGUCACUUCCAGUGGCUUCUCUGAAGUUACAGUGGUUCCUGUGGCCACUGCUGGGCCAUGCUACAUCCCCUGCAACACCAUCAUGCCUUUCAUGAUUCUCCUCUUUUUCAUGUGCACUGUAGUUGCUAUAAGCCAGAUGCCACUUCUGAUGAUUGUGUUAAGAUCGGUGGAUGAAGAAGAGAGAUCAUUUGCUCUGGGAGUACAGUUUGUCAUCUUCAGACUGAUUGCAUAUAUUCCAGCACCGAUUAUGUUUGGUUCUGUGAUUGAUUCCACUUGCCUCCUAUGGAAAAGUUCCUGCGGAGAGAAAGGAGGAAGAUGCCUCAUCUAUGACAUUGAGGAAUUUAGGUUUAGGUAUGUUGGCAUCUGUACUGCAAUCAAGAUUAUCUCAGCUGCCAUAUUUGUGUUUGAUUGGCUUCUCAUCCGCUGGAAGUACAAGCUAGACAUGGAGGGAACCAUGACUGUAGGUGACAUAGUCAACUCCCUCAUGUCAGUGGAUAAGGAUGGGGAAGAGCCAUCAGAUGACCUGGAGGAGAGUGUGUGGCUGCCAAGCCUUCAGGGAACCCAACAGGCUCCUCCCCCAGGUGUCACCUCACAGACUACCUCAGCCCUCUCAGCUGGUCCUACCACCGCUGCUGCUGCCGCCCACCAUCACUACCACCACCGCCGCAAUGGCUCACUUAUCAGCCGGCCUCAGGUGCCUCCCCACGGCUCAGGCCACAAGAGAUCUCAGUCAGGCUCAUACAUUCCGUCACGGCCGUGGGCAGGACUCUAUCAGCACCGUCGCUCCCACUCCAGUUCAGGCUACCAACACAUCCCAGCACCCCCAGGCCCGGCACCCCAGGGCAUCCUCACCACCCAGCCAGGCCACCAGCGCCGGGCCAGCUCAGGUCAGCAGGUCACUUUCCGAGGGCUGGCAGAGGACCCCAGUGACCUGACAGGGGUGAGGGUGGUGGUGCAGGGCCAUGCUGGUCUUGCAGAUGAAGAAGAUGUAGCUAUCAAGGUUUAGGAGAAAUAUGCUUUAGAUUCCAGUUACAACUGUACUUAAUUUUAUGUUAUUUUGAAUUAUGACCAAAAAAAAGAAAUUUAUGUAGCUGGAGUUAUUUUGCAUACUUAUGUAUAUACUGAAUACACUGGUUAAUGGACUUCGCAUAUUUAUUGACACAGUAAUCUCAGAGACUAGACUCUUGCUGAUGUUUCUUGCUAUACCAAACUUACAAGAAUUGCUGUAACUUCAGAAGAAGACCAUAGAUCCAUAAUUUUAGCUUUUCAAUGCUUCCAUGCCUUUGGAAAUGUUUUCAAGGCUGUUUUUCCUCUGGCUUGCCAACAGUUUUCUCGAGCAUUUUUACAACAACAGAAAACGUUGAGUAAAUGUUAGGUGAUUUGGCGGCUCAUUACUUGUAAUGUGCAUAGUACCUUGCAUAUACAAAUUUUAAUUGACAGUUUAGUUCUUUCAUGAAAUAAAUAUUUUUCAUUAUCUAAGAUACAAUGUAACAUGGAAGGACAAUAAUUGUAUGUAAUACUAAUAUAUACAAAUUCUAUGUAAAUCUUGACUAAGUAAUUGUAUAAUAAUAGCUGAUUAUUUGAGAAUAACUAAAAAGUUUAAUAAGUAGCUAUUCUCAUGAUCAGCUUUUGUUGGGAAGUGUACAUUUGUGCACCAGGUUGUUUAUUGUAUAUAGAUAUUUAGACUAUAGAUGUAUUGUGACAACAAAGUGCCUAAAGUAGCAUGCCACUGGUACCAGCUAUGCUGAAUCAUUCUUGUGCUCAACUAAGCUUUAGUCAAAGUGAAUGUUUGGGUACUAAUGGCAGCAAGAAACUGCACAAGCAGGAAGCUAUAUGUAUGUUUAUUGCAUUUAGCAUCAGAAUCAAUAUUAUUUAAUGUCAAAAGCAUCAGCAAUAUGGCAUUUUUUUAUGAAAAGCCCAUAUACAGUUUCAUAGAAUAAACAAAUUUCAUAUGAAUGCAUUGAUGUGUAAGAAGUUAAUAUUUUUGAUGUUUUACCUGAAAAGAGGGAUUGUUAAACAGGAGCAUGUGUAGGGAGAAAAAUUGUUGGUCUGACAGGAAGAUUUGAAGGUCCAACAUCAUUAAGAAUGCAAGUUGAAGGUAAAAGUCAUUAUGUAUAGUAAGAGUACGAGUUGAGGGAAAAGAGUAAUUACUUAGUAAAAUAUUACACCUUGCAUUACCAUUGUAAAUUUACUUGUGUACUGUUGUUUAUAAAUAUUAUAUAAUGAUCAGAAUCAGGUUCAUAUUGUGUACCUGGUUAAAAGUACAUAUGAUUAAAAAGAAAGCCUUAAAAGCUUGAGAAUAUCAUAUCAUAUAUAUCACAAUAUCAUAUCAAGCUGUAUUUGAAGUCCCAUCUUAUGAAAAUGAACCUGAACAUUUGCAUUACCUUUUCCACCAUACUACAUGCAUAACACACUGACACACACACACACACACACACACACACACACAUACACACACACACACAAAUUGGACAGUGAAGACCUAGUGGUACGUGACAGAAGUGUGACAAGAGGCAAUGGUAAGAAAUUGAAGAAGAGCGACUGUAGGAGAGACAUCAAGAUAUACAGUUUUCCAUACAGAAGCACAACAACAUGGAACGGACUUGACGAGGAGACUGUGUGUGUAAAAACGAUUCAUGAAUUUAAAGCCAAACUGGAUAAUAAGCGUUAUGGAGAUGGGACAGCACGAGCCUAGUACGGCUCUUUUCCUGUAUUUCACAACUAGGUAAACUAGGUAAACACACACACACACACACACACACACACACACACACACACACACAUUAGCUUGCCUACAAAACUACAGUAAAACAACAACAAACAACAAAUCAAGUCAUUGAACGCAACAUUAAUAUCAAGCAUUAUCAAGGAUCAAACAAGUUUAACAUUGUUGGUAAUGGCAAAUAUCUGAUGCUAUUCAUGCUGGCUUGUGAGUCUUUACAAUCUUUGUAACAGUGGUUGCAUGUGGGAGAAAACAAGAAAGAUAAUAUUUCAGCAGAGUAUCAUGGCAAGCUCUUGAUCUAUGUAGCCUGAAUGUUUGUUUUAUGUUAGUCUUGUGAAAACUGUUUAAUCCAGUAGCAGCAGGGAUCAUGUUUCUUAAUGGUCCCUCCAAGCGAGAGAAAUGAGAAGAAAAAUAACCUCACACUAACCAUUUCAUAAUGUAUAUCAAAGCAUUUGUGAUCAGAUUAUGUAUCAUCUAUUUUGAGGGGUUUAUAUCAUGGCACAAAUUUGGCCCGUCACUGCUACACAGUAAAGCCACAAAUUUGGCCCAUCGCUGCUACCGGGUUAAAUGAAAAUUGCUUCAGUUCCUUAUUUUACUUAAUGUAAUUUGCAAAAGCACUUGAACACUAUAAGGCAGCAUGCAUCAAGAGUUUUCUGUGUCUGGAGGCCAUGAAUGAAACUUGGGAGCCUGAGGGGAUAUGGAGUGAUCUGCUGCUUAAAGGCCCGUCCACACGAUCGAGCAGUGCCCUCGAGCACUGGCAAGCAGUCUGCCCAUUGAUGGGCUUACCACUUGUGCCCGCUGAAAUACUCGCUUGUGCCCGCUGAAAACCUAGUAGUUUUUCAGAGGGCAUAAGCGAGUUUUUCAGCAGGCACAAGCGGUAAGCCCGUCAAGGGACAGACCGCUCGCCUGUAGUUGAGGGCACUGCUCGAUCGUGUGGACGGGCCUUAAUACAUAAAUAAAUAUUUUUAUCACAGGGGAAGGGCGGGAAAUGAUAAACGGUACUUUUUAGAAAGUUGUCGUAUAACAUCCAUUUCCUGAAUACUAAUGUGAAUGUCAUUUGUCAGUUAUAGAUAAUACAUUCAAAUUAUUUUUCUAAACUGAAUAACUUUACAACUUGACAAAAAUGAUGACACUUUUUAUCAUGUCUAAGCAAUAAGGUUUCAAAAAAUAUAUGAUUAAGUGACAAGCCAAAAAUUACAUUGAAGUAUUUGGGUUACUAUAUUAUCCCAUACCUUAUGAGUGGAAAGCAUAACACAUAAUUUCAAGGUGAUUACUGAGCCUUUAGAUAAUUAUAUCAAAGUUCUUAUUUUUUUGUAUAUGAAAAUGCAACUGUUGAGAAUAUCAAGAUCAGCCACAACCACAAUCAAAUGGCCUCACAAAGCAUUUUAUACUAGAGGAACUAGCUACUGUAAAUGAUGCUGUCCAAAGCAUAGGUUAACGUGUUCUGGGGAAAAAGUUAUGAGCCUCCUGUCAAAUAUAGCUUUGGAUUCUGAUAUUCUAAGUGUGCAAAAUAUAAGCUUAUGAAUCUCGUCACCCUCAUAAAAUAAUCGCCUAAGUCAUUUUUCAGCGAUUUCUAGGUUUUUGUUUACAUCAAUUUUUCAACACGUGAUGCCCAUAUUUGUAUAGUUGCCUUCAUCAUUCAGGGUUUGAGUGUUCUAGAAUUGGCCUUUUCAUUUCUGCCUAAAUCUUGAGCCAAAUGAGAUAAUGACAGUUCUUUUCUGAUUUCCUGUAAAGUAGAAAAUAAUGACUUAGGCGGUUUGUUUACGAAGGUGACGAUAUUCAAUGUUCAAUGAAACAUAAGCUCAUUAACUUGGAGCUCAAGAAUCUUUGUCAACUGUGCCACACACUUUACUCUGAAGGGUUGUGUUUCUGUGCUUCAGUCUAGAGUUUCUUGCAGUAUUUAUGAUGCACAAAGCCUCACUGAGAAAGCUUUUCUCCUGCUACCACAGCAGUCAUAGUUAAUGGUAAUCAAUCCAUACAUCAAUACAUUUAUAUUUUCUAUUUAUUUGAGAAAUAGAAUGUGCAGUUCACAAACAAGGUUACUUCUUACUAUGUGAUUUAAUUUUUAAAAUAUAUUUUUUCAUGUCUCACAUGCUUCUUAACUAAACUUUCUCUUGGAUGAAAUUUGUAUGAAAAUUCUGUAGGUGUGGAUUCAUAAUUAUAUGUAUGGAUGACUUAUUAUGUAUUGCAGUCAGGUGUCUGUAUCCUAUAGAGAGGGUGAUCUCAAAGAAUACAUGAAAUCAGGAAAUGUUACCCUCCUUAAGAAGUAAUAUUUUGAAAAAGCUCACUGUAACAAUGUAGCCUUUCAGCCCAGAGGGGCAGCUGAGUGUGAGUGAGGCAGCAGUUGUAGGCUGAGAAGCUCCUCACAUAUAGACAUAGUUUUUAGGUUUUCAGUAUCUAGAGUCUCUAAAGAAUACCUUUUUGAUUUCAUGAGUAAUUUGAGUAAUUUAUUGACCUCAAAAAUUAUAAGUAAAAGUUAGUGUAGAGUAAAAUUGGUAGGAUAUUUCAAGCAUAAUAGUUUUCAAGUAAUUCAGAAGAAAACUGUAGAUUCUCAGUCAUAAAUCAUGUGCAAUACUACAGAGUAGAGGAGCUGAGAGCUGCCCUGUGGAAACCACAUCAGGAACUGCUGCCAAGUGGCAAGGCUUGUGGGGGUUUUGUAGAGUCGGGAGAUGGAAGGUUGGCAAAUGCCACAUGUUAUAUUAAUUGUAUGUUUUUGGAAAGGUAAAUGUGAAAAAUUCUAUGUGUUCUGGAAUGAGGCAUUUUUUUUAUAUGCAAUAUUUUGUUUCAUUCAUUCAUUCAUUCUCUCUCUCAUAUAUAUAUAUAUAUAUAUAUAUAUAUAUAUAUAUAUAUAUAUAUAUAUAUAUAUAUAUAUAUAUAUAUAUAUAUAUAUAUAUAUAUAUAUAUAUAUAUAUAUAUAUAUAUACGUGUGUGUGUGUGUGUGUGUACAGGUUGAAAAUCCCUUAUUAGGAAUGCUUAAGAGAGGAAGUUUCAGAUUUUGGAAUAUAGUGGUACCCCAGCUUCCACACAUAAUUGAUAUUGUGUGCAUUUGCAAAAUGUGAAAAUGUGUCAGAUCCAAAGCAAUGUUUCCAAAGGAAAUGCACUUCAAUUCAGUUGAUCCAUUCAGGGCCACCAAAAGGGGUCCAUGAAAGUUUUUUUUUUACUGAAAUAUGAAAAUAUUGAAACAAUAGAAAUAUAAUUUUAUGUAAUUAGAAUAAUUUCUGAAAGAAAACAUUAAUAGAAACAGAGAAAUAAGAACUUUACUUUUCCAAAGCAAUUUACAUGCAUAAGUGGAAGUUACAGACAAGGGAGGGAUUAGAGAGGAAGGCUGCUGGUUUUAAGGGGGCAGUCACCUUCCAUGAGGACAUUAGGUAACUUUGAUUUUGGUGUGCUGUGGUCUCUUCAAAUGCUAAAUAUUACUGAUUUAGUCAUACCAUAUUCUUUGAUAAGCUCAGAGUAUCCUUUAUCACUCACUUGCAAAGUUUCUCUUUUCACCUCAGUUGUAGCCUACAUUUCCCUUUUACCUGUAUUUUCAGCACUGUUUUUGGAUGCCCAUUGUUAUUUGUUUCAUGUAGUAUUAAUUUUUGCCUCAUAAAAUGGUUAGACAGAAACACAAGACAGCAAGCCAAUACUGCAGAAACCUGCCACCGAGGAUUUUCCUUGCCCACCACCGACUGAUUUCUUUAUAAGGCGGGUAUUUGUAAUUUUCCAUUCGUGGAGACUCAUAACAGCACUUGAAAAAUUCUGGACUUAAGAAUUUCGGGUAAAGGAUUUCCAACCUGUGCAAACUAUGCAUAUAUAUAUAUAUAUAUAUAUAUAUAUAUAUAUAUAUAUAUAUAUAUAUAUAUAUAUAUAUAUAUAUAUAUAUAUAUAUAUAUAUAUAUAUAUAUAUAUAUAUUAUAUUGGUUAUGAAAUAAGCAUAUAAACAAUUGGGAAAACUUUAGUCCACUGUCUUUCUUAUUGUAAAAUAUACUGUUAGUGUUUGUAUUUUUUUGUGCAAGGUCUUUACAAGUAUUAUAGACACAUUCUAUUAUACUUCAAUAUUAUUUUGUGUAUAGCAACCAAGGAAUAGACUCCUUGAUAGCAACACACUUUCAACAUCGGUUCCUUGUUAUGGAUUACUGGCCCUUGACAAACAGUGAGGCAGUAUGCCUAAAAGAUAUUCAAUAUUGUAUCAGUUCUGCCUAUCCAUUAUAUGUACAUUUUGUCAUUAUUUAUUUGAGUACCACAGACAGUUUCAGUGCCAGAGAAUCUCAUUGUGGUGGUGUUGUGCUGCUUAGGCCAAAACACCGCCAGAUCAGCUGUAGGGAUUAAGACUGGCGGCAACAAUGUAUGACAGCAGCCACUCUCCAGCUGCCAGAAAGAAGAUUAGUGUUCUGUCAUGCCAUGUCUUAUUCAAACAUCAUGUCAUCAAACUACAGUGUUGUGUGACUUGAAUCUCAUUAUGCUGUUAGAAUGUUACAUAUAUAUAGUUUGGACCAUGACUUUGAGCUUACUAUUAGAUGAUAGACAUUCUUCUAUCAUUGCAAGUAAAAUAUAAUAGGUCAAGGUUUGAGAAUCAAGUUGCAUUUCAUGAACACUUAGAACACUGACAUUUUUCUUCAGGAGGUAGUCAUGAGGAAUGGCCUAAUAUUUUCCUGAAGUAUGGCACCCAUCUUCCCACAGUUGAUGACUCGAUCUAUAGGGUAUCAGGCAGGCAGAGCAGUCACUAUAUGCCCCUAUGUAGAGAAUCAAGCUUGCUCUCCUUCCAGUGUUUAAAAAAUACAACUGUUAUCUUAUGCCAGGUGAGGUCAUAGCCUUUGCAUGCUGUCCCUAGGGUGUCAGGUGCAGUGCGUGCAGGGGCUGCUGCUGCUGCUGCUGGUGCUGCUAUUGCCGCUGCUGCUAUUACUGCUGUGGUGUCUGUCAAGCACAGUGCACAGCAGGUUGUACAUGCACCUGGUGUGGUUGACUAUUAAUAAUGAAUAUAUAGUUUAGAA